CUCCAGCCAUGUCCUCCGCGCCCGCGCCCGAGAGCACGCUGCCCUACCCGCCGCUCCACAAGGACAAGAACUUCGUCGUCCUCUCCGACUGGGACGGCACAAUCACAAACUACGACUCCAAUGACUACUUGACGGACAACCUCGGCUUUGGCAAGGACAAGCGGCGCGAGGGCAACGUCGAGAUCCUCUCCGGGCGCGUCACCUUCCGCGACGCCUUCCGCGAGAUGCUCGAGAGCGUCGCCAACAACGGGCACACCUUUGACGAGUGCAAGGACGUCCUCAAGAAGAACAUCAAGCUCGACCCGGGCUUCAAGGACUUUUACCAGUACUGCAAGGCGCACGACAUCCCCGUCAUCAUCGUCUCCAGCGGCAUGGCCCCGCUCAUCCGCGCCGUCCUCUCUGCGCUCAUCGGCGACGACGAGGCGCAGGAGAUCGAGAUCAUCUCGAACGACGUCGACGUCAAGCCGGACGGCUCGUGGGCGAUCAAGUAUCGGCAUCCGACCAGCGGCUUCGGGCACGACAAGAGCCAGGCGAUCCUGCCCUACCGCCAGCUCGCGAACCCGCCCACGCUCUUCUUCUUCGGCGACGGCGUCUCAGACAUGUCCGCCGCGCGGCACGCCGACCUCCUCUUCGUCAAGGUCAAGCCCGACAGCGACAACGACCUCGCGGCCUACUGCCGCCGCGAGCGCAUCCCGCACGUCGAGUUCGGCGACUUUGCGCACGCGCUGGGCGUCGUGCGCGAGGUCGUGGAGGGCCGCGCGGGGGUGGCGCAGGUUCUCGCGCGGGGGAAGGCGGAGUGAGCAGGGGCGGAGGAGGAGCGGGGAUCGAUACGGAGGUAAAGACGCGUGCACUGCUAGAGCAGGACGGUGCCCCGGCGCCGGGGUCUCAUAGAGUCGUCGUUUCUGUCGGUGUAGGGUACUAGCACAUGCGAGGGGGUCUGGGGUCCCUGCGGUUAGUAUUACGCUGUCUCCCUCUGCGCCGUGCGUGUUUGGAGACGCGUUCCUGCUUCCGGCCCUGCACGGCGUACUACUACCAGUAUCCGAGUCUGCGCAGCCCGAACGCCCGCCCUGAUCCCCCCUCAGCAAUCACAAGAAGCUCUGUCAGCCUGACAGUCUGACCGAAGCUAUGCAAGGA